AUGCUUCUCAAAUAAUAUAAAGGGGAUAAUUCAAGAGGGUUUAUUAACGUGCAUGGUACUAAAAAUUUAAUACUUAGUUUAAUUUGUGGAUGGGCUACAUCAAUGCUUGAGCACAAAACUGACAUGCAAACAGAUUCCAAGAAGAACACUUGCUAAUCAUCAUUUAUAUAUAUAUAUACUAUACUAAAAGAAAGAUAUCCUGAGUCCUAAAGCUAUCCACGUAGAAUUAAAAAAUCCACCAAUCAGCACAUUUCAUUUCUCUACAUCAGACAGGUUGGGCUUUCGGUUUGGGCUUCGUUUGUUUUUUGCCAAAUUACACAAUCAGACACCAAAAUGAGUGGGCCUGAGCUUGAGGUUGAUUUGCUGUUUGCCCUAAACUUAACAACGCAUGGUUCUUCUUCUGAGAAGACGAGAUAUGGUUGAGACUAGACGUAGCUCUUCAGCUUCCAAGAGUUUCUAUACUUCUUCUUCAUCCCCUGAACUGUCUUCUCAUCUCCAGUCCCUACCAAGCGAUCUAAGGUCAAGAUCCAUGCUGCUAUUAAAUCCGCAUCGGCAGCGGAACCGACGGGGUCUUCGUCUGCGAGCGAGGUUCGUGUUGAGAAAUAAGGACCGGUUUUGGAUCCUGGAUUCGGAAUCUGAAGAGCCGGAGCUUGGAUCCUCUGAUCCGUAAGCUAUGGAUACGGAGAAGACUGUUUUAACCGAUGUGCCUGUUUUGGAGAUCUCUCUUGAAGCCGACACAAACCCUAAAGUUGAUGUCGUGCCGACACCUACAAUAGCAGGGGAAGUGGUGACGGAUGGUGAGAAGUCGAAGGCGGGGAAGAAUCGAGCUAAGGAUCCAUGGGCGAAGCUACUUUCUGAGUACUCUCAGAACCCACACCGUAUCAUGAGGGGCGCUGUAUUCACUGUUAGAUGCCGAGGAUGUGAUUUAUCUAUCACACCAAUAUAUGCUCAGCACCCUGUGUGAAAAUCAAGCAUUCUGAUGUAAGGACAUCUUAUUUGCUCCUUUUUGAUCUUAGUCUCUUUAAGAACAAAAGUUUUUUUCUAACGUAAUUAUCGUGUGGUUUACUUCACGGAUGAAUACAUUCAGAUUAUAACAUGGAGUUUAAACAAUGCAUCAAACUAGCUCCCAUUACCUUCAGAUGUCUUUUUUAAGAAAUGCGCUUAUAUUUUAAUUUUUAACUGACCAGCUACUUAAGAAAUCUCAAAUUUACUUAAGCAAAAUAAUUAAUGGAAUUUAAUUUCUUUAAGCCCAUUAAGCAAUGGAUGUAAACGUGAAACUUAGUUUAGAAGGGAAAGCCUUCGAAGCUUCAUCCGCUAUCUUACAGGCGUUUGAGUUCAAAGAAAACCUAAAGCUUCAACAAUUUAUGAAGCUCGCAUGCAUUUUAUGCACGUGCACACUUGCCAUCUUUAGCCAACUACGUGGCAAGGUACUUCAGUUUCUUCUCUACGUCUAUUUGAUAACUUUUCCUUUUUAAUUUGAGUCCCUAUGUGUUUUUGUUGAUGCUUCAGGUUUCUUUGAUUCUGUCGAAGUCUAAGAAGCAUGAAGUUGGCAUGACUGGGAUAACCUUGGAGAUUAUUGAUGAUAUACACUGCCAUGUACUUUGUUAAUUGUUUUGUUCUUUUGGGAACUGUGUCUUUGUGUGUGUGUGUGUUUUCUUCUUAAAAAGGUUGGUGUUGUGUAUUUUUCAUUACCAAAAUGAUAUAAUUAUAUUAGUUCACUUAGUAAAAUACAAAUAGAGAGAAUUUACUUAUAGUUUAGGAUUUCCUCGACUUGAAUUCUCAAUUACAUUAUCUCUACUAUAUAAAAGGAACAGACUCCUAAGCUAUGACACAUCAACUAAAAUCUUUACAUCCAAUGAAAGUGCCACAUCACCAAAAUUUACAUGUCAUCGUCUAAUCCCACGAAAUCUGUAUCAUUUCCCUUCUCUAACGUUCCAGGUAUAACUCCUCCUAAAGGCAACCCAACAAUCCUAAAGGCAACCGUUCAGCAGCUCCGGCGUAAAACCACUUCGACUCUUGAAAGCCUUAUUUAAUAAUAAAACAUUUCAUUGACUUGGGAAUUAGUAGAGAGGCAACUGUUGAGGAUGUGGGGAUGAGUACUAGGAGGAAGAGGAGGCACCGUUCAGUGAUAUUGGAAAAUAUCGAAGCAGAGAUAGUACUACUAAGAGAGAAGCUGAACAUGAAUGAAGAUGAGAGCUUGUGGAGACGCAAAUCGGGUUUUAAACAUAAGUUUUCAACUCAAGAAACUUGGAUGCUAAUAAGAGAAGCUGGUAUACAAUGUUCUUGGGCACCGGGAGUUUGGUUUUCUCAUGCCACACCCAAGUUUGCGUUUAUGACAUGGUUGGCAAUACAUGAUAGACUGUCUACAAUGGACAGAAUAUCUCGGUGGAGUCGGGGUGUGGAUCCAACUUGUGUUUUAUGCAAGAAUGCAGUGGAGUCAAGGGUCAUCUCUUUUUCGAAUGUGCUUUCUCAGUUGGAGUGAUAUUGUGGGACUGAUUACAGUAAGAAACUUGGAGAAGAAGGCUCUGUACUGUAUCAGGUACACAUUUCAGGCUACUCUCCAUGCGAUUUGGCGAGAGAGGAAUAAGAUCACUCAUGGAGAUAAGCCUCUUCCUCUAGUGAGCUUGAAGAAGUUAAUAGAUAAGGGAGUAAGAAACAAGUUGAGUUUGAUAAGGGGUAAAGGUGUGAAGAACAUGGAGGGGAUUCUUCAAUUUUGGUUUGAGACAAGAAUGUGAAUAUUUUAUAGUUUAAGUGAUGUUUUGAUGUAAAAAGGUCACACUUGAUGUACAAAGGCUUUUUGAUGAGUAAGAAUAUAACAUUCAUUCAAAAAAAAAAAUAAUAAUAAUAAAACAUUUCAAUGGCAGACACCUCUUCGAUUUCCUCAGCUCCACCAUAAAAACUCAAGCUCCAAACCGUCAUUUGACCUUCAAGACUGGAACUGUUACUCAGGUCAAACAUUAUGGAACGGUCACAAGUCAGGGACUGAAGAGCUCUCAUAUUUCCCGGUGUCCCUUUGGAGCGGGAUAAAUUCUCCGUUCGUGUGGACUUGAAGGCAUAUGCAUUCCUAGUAAGAAGAUGGAGGAUGAAACUUGAAAUCUUUCAACCUAUUUUAUCAAUUCUUUUACAGCUGAUUGUAAUACAUAUAAACAUUUAAUACAAAUAGUUUCAAAUUUUUAUGAUAAAUUCUAAUGUAUAUAUGUAACAUGGUCAUAUCUAUAAUAAUAAUUUAGAGUUUUCUCUCACCUCCUUCAGCCACGUCCUUCUUUUGGUGUGCGCAUAUGUCGCCACGUGUCGGCGCUUAAUUGGUUACUUCUUUUUGUUUUUUUUUUCCAUUAUUCGGUUUGGGCUCCGGCGUCUUUUUAUUUUUUUUAUUAUCGCGGCCCAACUUGAAGCACGCCUAGGGUUUUCACGUCUCAUCUUCGUCUUCGUCUUCUACGUUCUCAUCAUCGACCGCGAGACGCAGAGAUUCGAGCCUGUUCAGUGUCCCUAACGCCUCCGAUUUUAAUAACUCUGCAACUUAACUCCACCUCACCCCUUUUAAUCCACUCCUUCCACUUUAAUUGCUCAAUCAAUACACCUCUUCGUAGUCCAUCGUACCCGGCUUAAUCCUCACCUAUAAAGAAGGACAGUAUUGUCAAUCUUCUCAAUUCCAUUUGUUAUACUUUAAAACUCUAAUGUAUCACUAACUCACUUUUUAACAUCGUUUAUUUGAAGGGAUACUACUGUAUGUGUUAGUAUCUUUGACUCCUUGGCCCUUGCAUUCCAUAGCAAGCUCGAUGUGUAUGGAAGAGAGCCAAGUUGGUUUCGGGAAAAUUAUAUUUGAAUGGCACUUCUGCGACACGUAUUUUUUUUGACUCUGAAACUGCUGUAGGAGCAGAUGCAUUUGAAAGGCAAGCAUCCUUUCCCUUAUUUGAUAACACAAAUUUGACUUUUUUUUGCUAUUGAUUUGUCAUAAGCGUUUACAUGUUAUUAUCCUCGCAGAUUGCCAAGUGGUGAUACAGACCAGUCAGGGUCUUCAUCAAAGGUGGUUCACACACAAAAGAUUGAACCCAUGACGGUUUCAGAGCUUAACCAAUUUAUUUUCACGGCCGAUCCUCAGGUGACUGAGAUUCAGCUUGAUGAGGGUUGGUGUUACAUUGGCUGCUCCACUUGCUCCAAGAAACUCAUACGAGAGGAGACUUCAUUCACAUGCGUCCCAUGCAAUGAAACCAAUGCUGUGGCUAAACUCAAGUAUCGUGUGAUUCUCUCCGUGUCAGAUGACACUGGUGCAGCAGCUUUCCUUGGUUUUGAUGAAGAGGUUGCUAGCCUGACUCAUGUUCUUGCUUCUGAUGCUGCACAGAUCGUGGGGAUAGGUACUAAUGCCCAAGUUGACAUUGACCUACCUCGCUCACUCGCUAAUCUGGUGGGGAGUACCUACACUUUCCAGCUCAGGUUAAAGGACUUCAAUUUUGGUCCAAAUCACCGAAGCUUUACCAUAUCUCGCAUAUUCCCCGCACGUGAUCUUGCGCCAAAGCCAACUUUUUUCUCAGGAGGGUGGCGAGGAUACCGAUCAAUCUCUCCCCCAAUCUGUGGCAACAUGAUUAGAUGUCAGAGCUGGUAUCGUAAACAAUGUUGCAGAUCAGCUCACCAAAGCUGAUGGUGACGUCUAGCACAUGAAGCAGUAGCAUCGGGUGAAGACGCUGGGGAAGCAACUGCACGUAAGAAAGCACGUGUGGAAUGAGUGCUAGCUUGGAACCCAAACAACCACGAUUAGACUAUGUCAUUCUCUGUUUUUUCAUAUCUGGAUUUGCUUUUUGUCCUUUAGUUUCUGUUUUUUUUUUUUUAAGUCUUUGCUAUGUCGUUUUCCAAAUAUUUCUUAAUGAAAAACUAUGGGUCGUGGUUGUCCUAAUUGGCUAAUUCCUAUUUCUCAUGUGCCUAGCAUUAAUUAUAUUUUUCCUUAAUUUUAUCAUGGUUAUUAUUAUAGAUUCAGUUAUGUAAAGUUUGAACAAGCUAACUUCACCAGUGUAUGAACCAUCAUCCUUCAUUUUUUACGGAGUUCUAAUGUAAAAGCAUAUAUUAACCAAGUUAAAACAUUUGUUUACGUUAUGUUACAUGGUAAAUAAAAAACUAUUAAAAAGUCACCUCAAAUUGGGUGUUAAAUUUGGACUCUCUUUCCUCUUAGCACAUUGGGAAAAAUAACUACAAGUGAUUGGAAGAUCCAACUAAACUUAAAAUGAUGACAUCUAAUCACCUUGGCCAGCUACUUUACACGGCAUCAUUUAGGACCCAAUGACAUGUACUUAAUGGGGAUAAAUUUCCUAUUUAAGUUUAUAAAAAUUGGGUUUGUGCUAGGGGUUAUUCAUGUAUUUAAAAUUAAACAAAAUUUAGACUAAGUUUGCAUUGUAGAGUUAUAUAUUACAAAAUCAAAACAUUAAUAUAUAAUAAAUCCAUUACAAAAGUGACUUCAGAGUGGGUAUUUAAAUUUUCCUCCCUUUCCUCUUAUGUCAGUGGA